AAUAAUAAAAAUUAGAUGGAGUGUCUUUGUCAUCUUUUAAAUAGUGUACCUCUCCCUCCAUUAAUUUGUCUUUUCCCUUCAUUCUUUCUCCCUCCACUAAAUGCUCUUUGCCUCUCCCCCCUUAGGCUAUCUCUUCCUCCUCAUUCUCAUUAUUUACCUUUUGUUAGUCUACUCCUUUUCAAGCUACUACUACUACUCCUCCAUCUUUUCUCUCUUUCUCUCCCCCCAAAUUAGGGGACAUUGUAUAUAUUGAGGAGCACAGAUCAUCAAUUAAAGAGCUAGCUUGCAGCUCUUUACCAUAUAUUUAGGCAAAAGAAAAAAGAAAGAUAAGAAUGGCUUCAUCAAACGCGUACAAUUCACCUUGCGCCGCGUGCAAGUUCUUGAGGAGAAAAUGCAUGCCUAAUUGCAUCUUUGCGCCGUAUUUCCCACCCGAAGAGCCUCAGAAGUUCGCCAAUGUGCACAAGAUCUUCGGAGCCAGCAACGUGACAAAGCUCCUCAAUGAGCUCCUUCCUCAUCAGAGAGAAGACGCGGUGAACUCCCUGGCCUACGAAGCCGAGGCCCGCGUGAGAGAUCCGGUAUACGGAUGUGUUGGAGCCAUCUCGUAUCUGCAAAGACAGGUGGAGAGGCUUCAGAAGGAGCUUGAUGCUGCCAACACGGAUCUGAUUCGCUUCGCGUGGACCGAAGCUUUGCCUCCUCUACCUCAAGGAGUCAGGCCCAUAGAUUUGAUCAUCAGCACAACAAGGCACAAUUUUGUGAAUCUCGAAGGAACAACCAAUAUCGGAGCAUCCAAUGGAAAUAUCACCACGAGUUUCCAUCAAACACCUUGUGCAACAUUUUCAUAUCCGAAUAUUCCGUGGAAUUCGAUCACAUUCGACAACUCUACCUCAGCUGCAGAUGUGAUCAAUCCUGAAGGAGGCGGAGGUGGAGGUGGAGGAGGAGGUGCAGGAGGAGAGCCGGUACUUUAGCUCUCUUAUUUAUCAUAACCCUUAUAAUUAGGGUUUUUGUCUCUCUGGAUCUGUUGGAUAUUAAUAUAUGUAUAAAACCUAAGCUAUAAUACUGAUAUCUAUAAAUGUAUAACUAAGCAUUCUAUUUGUGAUCAUUAAUUAGUUGUGGUGUCUAGCUAGGUCUUGGAGUCUCAAAUGGAGUACUCCUCUUGUAGCUUAGCCUAGACCACCAAGCCUGGUCUGGUCUGUUUAUUCUGUUGAAUAUGUAUUAGUUUUUGGUAAUGCUAGCUGCAGCUACAAAGCUGGAAGACUGCCUUUUGGUCUAUAAACCUUGCCUAAUUUCUCAGUUCUCACCAUGUGAUUCUGGGACGGAUCACCUACCUCUUCACAUGCUUAGGGAACGGUGAAUAAAAAUCUUGGGAUAUUGCAAAAGAUAAGCUCGAAACAUUUUAAAGUCAUGAAUUUGGAACCACCAUUCACGAGAGAGAGUAUAGAGCUGCCGCUGCAAGUCCAACAAAACACAAGCAUAUAUGAUCAUAUGAUUUUCACCGACAAUUUUUAUUGUUCAAGACGGAAGUGAGACUUUAUAACCUGCUAGCCAAAUCGCUUGUUUAA